GUCUUGGUCCGCGUGCCGAGAGAGCCACACGUCACGCCCCGCGCCCGGCCGCCCGGCGAAGUGGGUAUCGCAUCGCGCGUCAUUCGAGAUUCAAUUCGAAGAGCCGCCGCGCGCCGCGCCGCGCACGCACUUCCCCGUGAAAGUCGUGACACCGCGUGCGCGCCGUGCGCCGUGCGCCCCGCCUGGGAUUGCAGUGCUCACUUCCCCAGUGCGGAGUGCCGACCCAAUCAGGUGAUCGGAAUCAGCCCGGUCGGAUUACCUGCUCUUUGUUCGGCCGACCGGUACAGGCCGAACUGGUGCAUCGAGUGAUGAGUGUGUGUGCGUGAGUACGCGCGCGUGUGUGGGAGUAGACAUGCCUGGAUACGCAUACGCCGACCUCUGCGACUCCAGCGACACGCUCAGGACGGCCCGGCAUCCCCCCAGCAACUCCUUGCGCCUCAGCCUGCGGCCACGGCGGAGGCUGUGCCUGCAACGCCUGCAACGCCAUGCCCAAGGACCGCUUGAAAGCCCUGCAGGCGGUGGCCAGUUCGUUCGAGGAGCAGCGUCUGAGCACGCUUCCGCCAGGCCUGCAGGGCCAUGUGGUCAACAUGGGCACCCUGGGGCCGCGCGUCGAGCCCGGCGUCAACCCGGCCUUCAGCGUGGACGAGGAGUACGACGCCAUGGACGCCUUCUUCAAGCAGGUGGAGGAGGCGCGCGCGCUCACCAGGGGCGUCAAGGAGCACGUCAAAGAGAUGCGGCGACUCCACAGCCAAGUGCUAUCGUCGCCAAGGCCUGACCAAAGCAUCAAGGAGGAACUGGAAAGGCGCGCCGCAGAAGUGAAAUCGUCGGUCAAGAAGGUCACCCACAUACUGAAAGCCCUGGAGCGCGGCCUGGAGCCUGACGAUGGCUCCGCGGCACUGCGAAUCCGGCGGACGCAGCACUCCACGUGCCUGCACCUGCUCGUCGAGGCCCUCACCGAGUUCAACGGCGAACAGGAGGACUACAAGAACAAGUGCGAGGAGCGCAUCAAGAGGGUCAUCAGCAUCGCCAAAGUGGAGGUCAGCGACGAGAAGCUGGAGAACCUCAUGGAGACCGGCAACUUCGGAUCCAUCUUCAACGGCGACAUCAUCACGGAGACGCUGGAGGCGCGCCAGGCGCUCGAGGACGUGACGGCGCGGCACCAGGAGAUCAUCAAGCUCGAGAGGUCCAUCCGCGACCUCAGGGACAUGUUCGUGGAGAUGUCGCUGCUGGUGGAGCGGCAGGGCGACAUGAUCAACAACAUCGAGCGGCAGGUCAUGGAGACCAGGGAGCACGUCGAGACGGCCAACGUCGUCGCCAAGAAGGCCAUGAAGUACCAAAGCAAGUUCCGCCACAAAAAAAUCACCCUAUACGUCGUCCUGGCCGUCCUGUUGGUGAUCCUCGUGGUCAUCAUCAUCGUGAUGGUUGUGCCCAAGACCACGACGACGACGAAUAGCGUGCAGUCCGCGGCCCGAACCACCACGGCCCCCGUGACCACCACCGUCGCCGACCCCACCACCUCCUUGCCGGCCAACCAGCUCGCCACCGAGGCCCCGUAGGGCGAGCCGUAUAGCGAGCCGUCAGGCCCUUUGGCCCGUUGGCCUUUUGGCUCGCCUGUUGGGCCCAGGACCCCGCCAAACAUGGGCCCAGUGUGACAAGUUACCAUAGAGCACCGAGAGAGAAGCGCUGCCUUCAUGUGCGCCUGCAUCGCGGAGCGGGUAGGCAACCCAACCGACGCCGGUGCUGUGCGCGUCGCCCCGCGCGGAAGGCCGAGAAUUUGAACAGAACGAGUUCAAUGGACGUGUGACACGUGCCUGCCGGUGUGCUAAAUGCACACUGGGCGAUAAACUUUGUUAUUUCGUGAUAUGCCUUAGUUAUGUGAUGCUAGAAUUAAUGUGAACAGUUUAGCUUUAUUGGAUGGAAAAUGGUGUACAUAAUUUAUUGCAAUGUUUUGUUUUCUAAAAGUGGGCUCUAAAGGGUGUCCUCUUCAGAACUCCAUUAUGUAUGUGUCUUGCUUAAUCUGUUACUUCCCCUUGUAGCCUUAAUGUGAGCCUUAGUCACUUUAUUGACUUAAGUAAAACUAUUUUGUUGCAUUCAUCGGAUUGGCUUCCUGUCGUCAAGGAACUGAUCUCACUUAUACGUCUGACAAUCUAGUCACUGUGCUCGUUGAGAGUAAAGCAGGAGUGUGUGCCGUCUA